GUUGUACAGAAGUCAGCUGACAGUGAGAUCAGCAUAAAGACUCAUCACGCGACACUGCAGCAUAAACAUCCCCGACUGUUCCCGACAAGACUUCACCACAAUCCAGAGAAGGCUUUAUAUCAACCCACGAUGUUACUCACCCUGCUUUUCAUCUCCACUGCUGUGGCAACACCCUUACUGGGUACAGAGCAGUGUGCCAACGGCCCCCCCUACUGGUGCCAAAAUGCCAAGACCGCUUCUCUUUGUGGCGCAGUCCCGCACUGCCAACAGAAUGUGUGGAACAAACCUCAGAUGAAAUCUGUGCCGUGUGAUCUGUGCAAAGAGGUGCUGGUGGUUGUGGAGCAGCUGCUGAAGGACAAUUCCACAGAGAGUGAAAUCCUCGGUUACAUUGAGAAGGCCUGUCAGCUGAUCCCAGAUGAGGGCUUGGCUGCUCAGUGCAAGGACAUUGUGGACAACUACUUCCCUGUUAUCAUGGGGAUCAUCCAAGGAGAGCUGAGUGACCCCGGUGUGGCGUGCGGUGCUCUGGGGCUGUGCGUCUCACAGCAGGAAGCUCUGGGUAAAGCACAGCUCAUGUCCAAUGAGAUUCCUCAAAUGGACCUGACCCAGCGUGCCGACCCACAUCUUCUCAACAUCCCUCAACUGCUUUACCCCCAGGAAAUAGUCAAGAAGACCUCCAAACAGUUGACUGGGGACGUGUGCCAGGACUGCAUAACUUUUAUCACUGAUCUUCAGGACCAGGCUAAAUCCAACUCCUCAUUUAUCAACUCUCUGCUAUCACAAGCGGAGAACCAGUGUGAUCAACUGGGACCCGGCUUAUCUGAUAUGUGCAAACAGUACAUUAGCCAGUACGGCCCACUGGUCAUCCAGCAGCUCAUGUCUAUGCAACCUAAAGACAUCUGCAGUCGUUCUGGUUUCUGUGCAUCUGAAUCCAAAUCCGUACGUAUGGAGCUGCUGAUGCCCGCCAAAUCCAUUCCUGCUAAGAUGUUCCCUGCUACCAAACUAGAAAAGCCUGCCGUGACCAAACCUGCUAGGGAGAUGAUGCGUGUUCGUGAUUCUCCACAGUGCGCCGUCUGCGAAUUUGUGAUGAAGGAGGUUGAGAGUUUGCUUCAGGAUAAAACAUCUGAGGAACAGAUCGUGCAGGUUCUGGAGAAGGUCUGUGGCAUCUUGCCUGACACGCUCUCGGCUCAGUGCAAGGAUCUGAUAGACUCCUACGGGAAGGCCAUCAUUGAGCUGCUCGUGCAGGAGGCCGAUCCUAAAACCAUUUGCACUUUACUCGGGCUCUGCAGUGGGGCCAAACACGGCUUUAUCCCUGUAAUGGACAAGGCCAAGUAUACGUCAGGUGGUUUCUGCGACGUGUGUAAGAUGGCCGUGCGUUAUGUGGAUGGGAUCUUGGAGCAGAACGCCACUCAAGCAGAGAUCGAGGAGGCUGUGAUGAAGGUCUGCAACUUCCUGCCUGAAGCAGUUCGAGAUGAGUGUAAUCAGCUGGUUCAACAGUAUGAACCUAUGCUGGUACAGCUGCUGCUCACAACACUGGAUCCUGACUUUGUCUGCAUGAAGCUGGGAGCAUGUCCUGAGGCUGUGCAAAGGCUGCUGGGAUUGGACCAGUGCAGCUGGGGACCAGCAUUCUGGUGUAAGAACGUUGAGACCGCUUCACGCUGUAAUGCAAUGGACCACUGCAGGCGUCACGUCUGGAGUUAAAGGAUGUGCAGUACUAAAAGGAAACUAAAGAAUUGCUGUAGUGCUGCUUUCCUGUUGUCAAAUCAAUACUUGUUUUCCUUUUAAAAUUGGGAAAUUUAAAUGCCAUAUCGAAUUUUAAAUGCUUGUUGUCGGAAUGUAAAGCUUUUAAUGAAAGGACAAUAUUUGGGGGGGCAGGGGUUGACUCCUGGAGCUAUAUUGGGAAAUACUUGCACUGAAACUGGAAUUAAGGCUUUUUGUGCAUUCUAAAGGGGAUUUUAUUUUUGAAUGUUUUAGUUUUGUUAAUUCAUACACGCACAGUCCAAGUCUUGUUUGAGAAAUGUGAUAGUUGAGCCUUUUUGAUGAGGGGGUCUGAGACCUCUGAGAAAUGAGAGACUGUUUUAAGGCUCCCUGAUAUCCCUGCCUCCCAAGAUACUGUAAACACAAGCAUCUGUGAGGCCAGUGACUUUACUUUUAAUGGGUGAUAGUUUUGAUUCCUAAUUGAAAAUGAUCCUCUUUCUUUUAUUGCUUUUGUGACUGUUAUUAAUCAACUAAAGGGCAAAGUGAUCCCUAUUCAGUUUUUGCCCCCUCACUCUACUUAUGUUUCAUCACUGACUAAAUGUGUUAAUAAUGGUCCAGUUUUAUCCUGUGCUUCACGUUUUCUUUGUUUUGAACCUAAACUGAAAUUAAAUAAACCCAAAUCCCAUUA